GUGAAUGGACUGCCACUCGCAUAGAGACUCUUCACCACGGCAUCGAAGUACACCAGAGUGUACCCGAAAACUUGGAAGACUCUGUCCACCUUGCGGCAGGUGUAAGCAACGAUCCAAAGUACCAUCAACGGACUCGCAUUGAAACAGAAGAUGUCGGAGGCUGGCUUACGCCCGAUACAACUGCUGUCUGACCGCCUUAUUGCCGGAAUGACCCUUUUGAUCUGCAUGCUUCAGUGACCUUGCUUCAAGUAUCGGGAAAGCCAUCGACUACGUGGCAGGCAAUCUGUGAAAUUUUCCAUCUCGACCCGACUGGACGUUGAAGCCUAACAGUGGAGAUUUGAAGCAACUGGACCCCCACGCUGAUGGCUGAUACCUUGUGGUCCCAGCUAUCGCUCGUCAGAACUGCAGACUUGGAUCUCAAGUGUUGUUGCAAGCACCCCAUCGGCCCGCCGGGGCCCGUCAUUGACGCGUAUCAAAUCUAAUCGCGAGGCAAAGGCGCUCGACGAAGCUUGCCCAUGCGUACUUACAGCAAAGACGUGCAAUGGCUAUACAUGCGUCUCUUUGGACAGCCCUCGCUCACCAGAGCUCAGAUAUAAUGCACUUGCCAUGAUAUAUCCGAGUCGGAGUUUUUCUCUUCAGCAAUGGAGCCGGCGACCCUUGUGAUCGAAGCUUGGUCAUGGCAACAGCAAGAUCUUUUGCCACGCGACAACCCGCCUGGGGCUGCGUCGACCUGGGCAAUUUGCACCACAAGACCUCACAAGACUUAGCAAUGAUGGAUAAGCAAUAUAAAUUAUCCGAAUGCCUUGGUAUAAAGCGCUCCGACGACUUUCUCCGUCGCUAGCGAAGUUUGAACUAUGCUGUCCCAACUGGUACUCGCCGCCGCCUCUCUGGUGCUUGCCCCCCUCGUCAGCGCGCAAGUUGGCCCCGGUCAUGUGACUGGAAACACAGCCGUCCACGACCCGACCAUGUGCAAGAGGUCCGACGGGAUGUACUUCGUGUUCUCUACAGGAACUGGCCUCGAGGUUCGCACGUCCCCGGACCGGACCGCGUGGACUUUGGUGGGUUCGGUCUUCCCGAAUGGUGCGCCCUGGACGGAUGCCUACACUGGCACCAGCAAUGGCGCGCUCUGGGCCCCUGACUGCACUGUCGUCGGCAACACUUUCUACCUCUAUUACGCCGCCUCCACUUUUGGAUCGGCCAAGUCAGCCAUCUUCUUCGCCAAGUCGACGACUGGCAUGCCAGGCAGCUGGUCCAACCAAGGCUUGGUUACUUCCAGCAGUUCCAGUUCGGGCUACAACGCCAUUGAUCCCAAGUGCGUCGUGUCUGAUGCAUUGAGCGGAUGUAUUUGACAAUCGCCCAGUCUCCUGAUUGACGGAUCGCACUGGUACUUGUCGCUGGGGAGCUUCUGGUCUGGGAUCAAAGUGCAGUCGCUGAGCCCGAGCACCGGGAAGCUCUCCUCUUCUGCGGUGACCUCUGUUGCCCAACGCGCCAGCCCCGAUGCUAUGGAGGCAAGCGCGAUCUACAAGCACGGGUCGUACUACUAUCUGUUUACAUCUUGGGACAACUGCUGCAAGGGCACUUCCAGCACUUACAACAUCCGUGUUGGUCGGUCAACCAGCCCCACUGCCAACUUCGUCGAUCAGAAAGGCACCCACCUUACCAAUGGCGGCGGCACUCUUGUGCUUGGUACUCACGGAAACAUCGUGGGACCUGGGGGGCAGGACAUUAUGGAUGAUGCCGAUGGCCCGAUCCUGGUUUACCACUACUACACCUCGUCCGGAAGCUUCCUCGGGAUCAACCGAUUGGACUUCUCGAGCGGUUGGCCGGUUGUUGCUUAAUGUGCACGAGUAGAUAUCCUUCCGGGGGCACACUAUAAACUUGUACUUCUAAUUUCGUUACUUUGUUCUGACCCGAUUACUAGAUAAGAUCAGAAACUGCUAAUCGUCGUGACCGAGUGUCGCGUCACAGAUAGUGAUUUCCAUCAAGCAGUGUGAACUUUCGUCCUGUUCCAACUUGUCGCACCAUGAUUAUCGACUCUGCGUGCUCCUUACGAGAUCCGGAGCAUCUUCUCACGUCUGCACGCAAAAGAAUCUUCAUCCUGAAAUUUUCCCUCACGAGGUCAUCGAAACAGUCUGGUCUCCACUCACGCCAAGGACUCCAGACGGUGGAAUCUCGUGGCCAACGCGCAUUUCUCAAUUUUUCUUUCUAAUCAUGGACCUGAUGUCUCUCAUGCUCCAUGCGUUGGCUCGGAAUAGACGGGCCAUGUCCUUCGUCGCAGAGUCUGUCACUCGUGGCACCAUGCGAUCCACCAUGGUCAUGACUUGAGCCGCCACGACGUUCGCUUCACACCUUAUCUGCCUCUGUCCAUGCAUAAAAAAGGCCACUUGCGCUUCAAGCAGUUCAGUGUCGAACAUGGUUGCCACUGCUGUCCUGUUUGCGUCUCUGCUGUCUCUUGUGCUUGCCACCCCGGCGCCGCGCAGCGGUUUCAAGCUUCACGGGAAACGAGAUUCGAUCCCGAGCACUUUCGUCAAGGCGGGUGUGCCGUCGCCUGAGACAACGGUCAAGCUUCGGCUCGGUCUCUUCAGCAACAAUUUCCCGGGUCUCGAGGAAACGCUCUAUGCUGUCUCGACGCCUGGAUCCGCGCUCUACGGCCAGCAUCUCUCUCUCGAGGAGGCGAAAGCAUUCAUGGAGCCAAGCGCCGAGUCUUUGACCGCCGUCACUGAGUGGCUGCAGUCACACGGACUCAAGGCUGACGUCGACUCGCCGUACGGAGAAUGGCUCUCGGUCCAGGUUCCGGUCUCUAAGCUCAACGAGAUGCUCGAUGCGAACUAUGAAUCGUUCACGCACGUCGAAUCUGGAAAGCAGAUGCUUCGUACCAUGGCAUACUCGCUUCCGGAGAAUCUGCACGCUCACAUCGAAGCCCUGUCCCCGACCACUGGCUUCUCUCGUCCGCUGGGUGUCGGCCGUGGCCCAGUCGUUUCUGCCAAGCUGAAGGCCCCUCCGGUCAACGAGACGCUCUCGCCUGAUGCUGUGCCGGCUUCCUGCGCGACGACUGUGACCCCGGCUUGUCUCCAAGCUAUGUAUGGAAUUCCCACGACUUUGGCCACCCAAAAAUCGAACUCGAUCGCCGUCGCUGGAUUCAUCGAGCAGUUUGCCCAGACUCGGGAUCUCAGCUCUUUCCUGACACGGUUCCGAACCGAUCUGCCGAGCACGACCACCUUCGCCCUGCGUACUUUCGACGGUGGUGCAAACACCCAGAGUGCCAGCCAGGCGGGAAUUGAGGCCAAUCUCGAUAUCCAGUACACCGUUGGUGUCGCCAGCGGCGUCCCUGUCACGUUCGUCAGCGGCGGUGAACAAUUUUCCGACGGCGCACUCACUGGCUUCUUGGACAUCAUCAACAACUUGAGCGGGCUCACUACUGUUCCCCAAGUUCUGACGACGUCGUACGGAGAGGACGAGCCCGACCAGACCGCGGCUGACUUCACGAAACUGUGCAAUGCCUAUGCCGCUUACGGCACGCGCGGCGGUUCGAUCCUGUUUGCCUCUGGCGAUGGCGGAGUUGCCGGCGGCCAGUCUCAGUCGUGCACGACGUUCAUCCCGGCGUUCCCAUCGGGCUGCCCAUUCUUGACCAGCGUUGGCGCUGUCUCUGGCAUUCCUCCGUCUGAAACUGCUGCGUCUUUCUCCUCGGGAGGUUUCAGCCGUGUCUUUGCCCAGCCCAGCUACCAAUCCGCUGCGGUCAAACAGUACCUGAGUCUCCUCGGGACCACCAACUCUGGCAAAUUCACUCCCACUGGACGUGCUUUCCCCGACGUAUCCACGCAAGGAGUCGACUUUGACAUCGUCAGCGGCGGUACUCUCGAAGGUGUGUCUGGCACCUCGUGCUCCAGCCCGACGUUCGCCAGUGUGAUUGGCCUGAUCAACGACCGCCGCAUUGCUGCUGGCAAGUCAUCGCUCGGAUUCCUGAACCCCUUGUUCGUUGAAUCGUGCCUUUGUGGAGUCGAUGUCUCAUCUCACCCCAUUUCGCAGCCUGUACGCCACCCCAGUGUGUUCAAUGACGUGACCCUCGGCCACAACACCGGCUGCAACACCAAUGGAUUCGCGGCACGUGCUGGAUGGGACCCCGUCACCGGACUGGGAACGCCCAAAUUCGCCUCUAUCCUGGCGGCUGCUUUGGCUGCCUGAAUGGCUGAGAUUUUUCUGGUCUG